AUGUAUAGAAGUAGCUACCUGCGAGAAGUGCGCAAGGAGAAGUAUGAACGAUCUGAUGCCUAUGAUGAGCUGCGGGGCACCUCAGACUUCAGCAGCCUGGCCCAAGCCCAGGGCCUGGAGAACCUGCAGGAGCUCAACGAGAGGUUUGCCAACUACAUCAACCGGGCCCGGAUGCUGGAGCAGCGCAACACUAUCUUCCGUAAGCAGCUGGAGACGUUCCAGCGCACGGAUGUGCUGGCUGGCUUGGAGGAGGCCUUUGCUGAGCAGAUUGAGCUGAACCGCCUGCGCAUCCGUGAGCUGUCUGCCGACCGGGCCAAACUGGAGCGUGAGGACAAGGAUUCACAGCGCAUGCUCGAUGAAUACCGUAACAAGUACAGAAAUGAACGUGAAUAUCAGCAGAUGCUAAAAGAGACCCUUGAACGCCUUAAUAAGGAAGCAGAUGAAGCUUUGUUAUGUAAUCUGGAACUUCAGAUUGAAUCACAGUUCCUGCAGGAUGACAUUAAUGCCACAAAGGACAGGUACAAGAAGAAUAUCAUGGAAAUACAGACCUAUGUCAGCAUUUUACAACAGAUCAUCCAAAUGACCCCUAGUGUGACCACCAUUACAGUUGGCGUAAGUGAGGAAAGGCUGAUGGCAGAAAGGAGAAUUCCUAUCCUGCAGAGUCAGCUGGAAGAGUACAAGAGCAUUCUUUGUCAGCUGCAGACUCAAAAAUUGAAAUUGCAGACGGAGACAACCAUGCUGGAACAAGCUAUUAAGAGCACUCAAGAGAGUUAUGAUGAUGAGGUUCAGCUGUACAAUGAGCAGAUUGACGCCCUUAGGAAGGAGAUUGAGGAUGCUGAAAGGACCUUGGAGAAGUUCACAAGUGACUGUCACCAGCUGGUGAUAUAUCAGCAGUCCCUGGAGAAUGAGCUGGAGCGGUACAAACGUAUCAUUGAGAAUGAAGACAACCGGUUAAAUUCUGCCAUAAUUGGAACCCCAGUUGCACUCUUCACACAGAGCUACAGACCCUGCCACACUACAACCUGGAGGAGGCGAGAUAUCACCCUGGUUAUGCAAGAGAUUGCAAGUGCGAAACCAAGACAAAAAGGUCUGGCAAAGAAAAUUUCUAGGAGAAAGGAGAUCACUUCCAAAGACAUAGAUGGGUUUUCACCUGAAAACAGCUAUGAAAGAACCCUGGAAGGCUUUCAUCAGGAUCAGCUUCAAUUUAAACACGAAAGCACAGUAAUAUGUGAACCUAAGCAGGAAGGAUUAGAACUAGAUGAGCAAGAAACAGUCCCAGAGGAUGUGCCUGAUGGAGCUCGGAUAAGUAAAGCUUUUGAUGAAUUGUGUAACACUGUGAGAGAGAAAAUUAGAUGCUACAAGAGACCCGAGCCUAAGACUGACUUGUCCACCAAAGGGCGCUAUGUACUUGUCACAGGGGAAGCAAGCUAUGACCAUCCUUGCUUCUAUUCUUCCUCCACCCCAGCUGGAGGUGGGAUCAUUGUUUCCACUAGCAAUGGAAAGAUGCCAAAUGGUGGGGAGGUGGAGCCAAUUCCAGAGCUGCCUGAACCCUCUGAACCAUCAGCAAAUGAGAAAGGGGAAGUCCCUGAAAUGCAAUAUGAGCUUGAAGAGAGAGAAGAAAUAAAUGAACAGGGCAGAAAGUCAGAAGAAAAAGCUGAAGAGCCCUCAAAGCAGCCAGACAUCACAGGGCCUGAGGCAGCACCUCCAGCUGGUGUAGACAGCCCUCCAGAGCCAGACGUAUUUGAAGAGACAGAGUAUGACAGAGAGGACCAACGAGGAGGCCAAGCAUUCAGAGAACCAAGCUUACCCAGUUCCAUGAGCUAUGAGAAGGUGGAAGUAGUGGAAUCCAUUGAGAAGUUUUCAGAUGACAGAAUUCAGACUUACGAAGAGACAGCUAUGAUUGUGGAGACAACGAUUGAGAAGACAAGCAAGAAGAAGCUAGGAGACAAAGGCUCUUAA